CACAUGUACCCAAAAUACUACAAAGCCACGAUGAAAACUAUCUACUGACCAUAGUUAUAUAGAAAUGUGUAUGUAUAUACUCUAUACUGGGUUCCUAAAUAACUGGAAGCUGAAUAGUUUCUUUGGUAUGCCAAACAGGCAGGAGGAAGUCCACCACUUUGACAGAUCUCAUUGGAGCUCAGUGAAGAUGACUUGCUCUAACUUUACCACUGGAGAUGGCGCUGGAUGUCCUGCAGUGACAGUGGGCACUGCCAUUGAGCACAGGGACUAGGGACUAAGAGUGGAGUUCUGGCCAAUUCGCUAACAUGCAGGGCCACCCUGCGGACCGCUACACUGGCCCAGGGAAGAGGCCUUCCUGGGGCUGCUGAGUGGCACCUGAGGUGUCUGGAAUGGCUUCAUUAUCGGCAGUGUCGGCUCUCCUCAGUAACCUCACUGGGCCCUGGGGAACAAGGGGGCUGGCGGGCCCCACAUGGGGACCCAACUCCACUGGGGCAGCUCCUGCCGGCCCUGGAGAUGGGGACAUGAGGGCUCCUCUCUGCACCUUCUGCUGCUGUGGCCUCCUGAACCGUACGCUGGCGGUGGUCUUCAUGGUCAGCCUGGCCUUUUCCAUUGUCAUAGGCAAUGUGGUCACAAUCACGGUCUUCCUGCAGACGCGCCAGUUCCGCACACCACAGGGCUACCUCAAAGUGUCCCUGGCAUUGGCAGAUAUGAUGGUUGGCUUGCUGGUGGUGCCCUUCUCCGUCUACACAGAGAUCACACUGAUGGUGACCAGCACACCCCCUGCCUGGUACCAGGGGGACUCUGUGGCAGCACGUGGGGGCCUGGGAAGCUCCUGGCAGCCCUGCAAGCUGAUUGGCCCAGUUUUUGCAGGCUGCACCUUCGUAUCCAUCAGCACCAUUUUCCUGAUGACCGUGGAGCGCUGUGUGGCCAUCCUGAAACCCUUGCAUAAGGACUCCAUAUUGACCCAUCGGCGCAUCCUGCUCCUCAUCGCCCUCUCCUGGGUGGGCAGCUUCCUUCUAGCCCUGGCACCCUUAAUCCUGACCAAUGGCUUCACGCUGGAGUACAAUGAGUGUAGUCGUAUGUGCAACUACGCCCCCCUGUGGGAUGGUAAGCCCCCUCCACCCAAGGGGAACGUCUUGCUGCUCUUCCCUGCCUUUGACCUCACGUUGUUAGGGGUAACCCUGGUGGUCAAUGUCAUGUCCUUCACCAGCAUCCGGCGCUAUUCCCAGAAACGCAAGCUCCUGGCCGAGGGGGGUCUUGGAGGGGACAGUAGCACUGGCGGGUGCUCACAAAGACCAUCCUUCUCGGACAUCAAAGCGGCCAAGACAAUUGGCAUCCUGACAUUUGCCUUCACGGCCUCCUUCUUCCCCAUUGCUGUCUUCGUCCUGGGCAAUGUGGUGGGAUAUCAAUGGUGCAACUUCUCCUUCUUCGCCUUCUGGAUCCUGACCUCCAACAGCUGCUGCAAUGUCAUCAUCUACAGCGUGCGGGACCAGCGCUUCCGAAAGGGGGUGGCUGUGCUGUUUCGAAAGGAGCCGGUGCCGCCACAUGGAGAGAAGAGCUGAGACUCCAGGUAUCCACUUCACUUCAGGGACUAAGCAACCAACUCCAGGGAUUCUCUUUAGUUUUGGCCAAUUGGACUUGUUUGUACAGUACAGAAGACGCUUGAUUUAUCACUGUGUGUCUGUCUUGGUUUUCUAUUUAAGAAGCCAGAUAGAUCGACGAUUGUUUCCAUUUUAUUGAUGAACUGUGAGAAAAGCAAAGCUGGUAAUUGUCAUCAAAUGUCAGAUUAUCCCAAAUUUAAGUGGAGAAAGUAUUUUAUUUAUUAAUAUGAUGCUAUUUUAUAUAUUAGCAUAGAAGAAUUUCUGGAACAUUUGGCCCAGUUUGUCUCUGAGUGCAUGUUGUCCUUUUAAUUAACUUUAUUCAGAGGAAAUACGAACAGUGGUUCAAGUCAAUUGUUAAUGUAGGAUUUUACUACCACCGAAAUGUGACUUGAAUUGUAUUAUUCCAGUCACUUUCAGUUGAGACCGUAUUGUUGUAUGUUACUUCAUCUGAGAAGACAGGUCGUCCUGCUUGAGAGCAAAACAGCAAAAUACCUAAUCUUUCAAUACAGUACUUGUAACAAAUAACAGGAAUCAAUGAAGCACUUUUCAAACUGCAUUAUUUUACUGUGUUCGUUUAUGGUGUGAAACAAUAGUGUCAACUGUGGAAUGCUGAGAACAAAUGUUUAAGGCUACAGAGUGCACUUCCUAACAAUAAAAACAAGCAGGUUUUUUUUUUUACUUUCGACAGGCCCAGUACACUAUUAGCAUCAGUUUUUUUACAAGUAUACAGACAUCAUCACGGAAAGAAAAGGUAGCAUUUUGAUUUCUCCAGAUUCAAAAGAUGGGUUCAUUGCUUUUCCCUAAAGAGAGGUUCUCAGUAUUCAUUUUUGGGGAUCCCCGUGUCUUAUGGUUUUUGUUUCAGAUUAAGUGAAGUUCUUAAUCGUACACAGAUUGAUUUGGGUUUUCUACUUUAGGUGUGUUUUUAAAUUAGUUGGAUGCAGUUUGUAAUUCUUAUGAACCCUGUGCUAGGAGUACCAAAAAAUUCCCCCAGGUGCCUGAGCUGGAAUGCAACCAGUUUGAAGGGAAAAAAACACAUUAUCAGACUCACUUGCAUCAGUCUACUAGAAAUUGAUUACCUAUAAAGAGUAUUGAAAGAGUGAGGAGUGAAUGUUCUAUAUGCUGAGUCCAUUAGCUGUAACAUAAGGACUGAAACUAAGGACUAAAUGCAGAAAAAAAAUGAACAAGCAGAUCAAUUUUAUACAUCAAUUUGCACCAGUGGUUAAGGAGAACAAAAGUUAGCAGACAGUCAUGCUCUGAUACCAAGAAUGUGAACCACCGACCUAAACAGACACACUCUCCUUGUUACAUUGUAGUGCCAGUCCUCACUUACAAAAUAAAGCUAUCCAGUAAAAUUACAACAGGAGUAAGAAAGAUAUAACAGUUUUCCUUGGUUGUCAUUGAUGUCAAGUGUGGCCGCUGGAUGUUUUUUCUGAAUUGUUUUUUUAAUCAGUGGAGGAGAUAGUGAUCACAGCGUCUUCACUUGAAUCAUGGUAUUUCCCUAAUGCAAAAAGAUUUUUCGAUAUUCUUAAGCCAUGGUUUCGUUUAAUUAAUAGAGAUUUGUAUUUCACAUCGACAGCAUUGAGUUUUGAUGUGCUGUUGAAGUGAAUAUACAGGGAUAGAUACAAAUAUAUGGUACAUGCACAAAAAACAUUUUGAUCUGACUUUGAAAAUAACAUUUUAAAAGUAUUAUUAUAAAAAAGAGAUUAUUAUUACAAAAUCCCAUUUUGUUUUUUUCACUGUUGCAAUGUUCUAUCAAAGACAACAAACAUGAAUUCCAAUUUUUCCUUGGUAAAGCAAAGUUUUCUGGGCAAUAAAGUGAGAGACCACAUUCUGUUAGUGCAUAAAAAUAUAAUUUUUUCUACCAACAUUGCUUUCAUUUUUUUGGUCAAUCAUUUGUAACAUUACCUGGCUAAAUAUAUUUCUCUAACACAUUUUUGGUUUCUUUUAUUUUAGCUAUACAACUGCUGGUCUGCGCUCUGUCCAGUAAUUAUACCUGGGGUGAAAUAUUUCUUUUUAAGGAAAUAUAGUGACAUCUGAUGAAAAUUAAAAUCAAUGUAUAAUUUAAUAAAAUGGAAAUGUAAUGGGUACUUAAUUGGUAGAUUAAAGACAGUUGGUUAAUUUGACUGUAAACAUGCUGCUUUAACUUUAUUGCACACCUACAGUAUAGAUUAUACUUUCAUUCUACUCCUCAGAGUCUGCAUAAUUGUUAUGGAUGUACUUCUCUUAAUGAACACAUUUACAGAUGAUAUGUGGAUAAUGUACUGUAUAUUACCAGCAUUGCACUAUUCACAGAGAUGGCAAAUUUUCAUAUUUUCUAAUAGAGUUUUUAAAAUAAAAUUUUUGAUUGUUUUUUGUUUCUCCAAAAGCCUGUUGACAUAUGAUAUCAUACGAUUUUUGCUGGAUAAGAAUACUGUUCUGCCAAAAACAAUCAAUUACAUUUGCUUCAGUAGUGAUAGAGAGAGAAGGUAGACUAGCGCACAUCACUGCUAACUGGGCCAGGUGAGGGAGAUUAAGAGCCUUUUCACAGCUUGUCUUCUGAUAAUGUACAGUAUCCCCACUCAGCUGCCUUUACGGGAUGAGAAUUUCUCAAUUUUAUUCUUCGAAAUCACUUCUCAAGAUUGCUCAGUUUUUUUUAUUUAUCCUGCAAAAAGUGUUGGCAUUAAUAUAAAGGAGUUUUGUUCCUGGGGAUUCAUAAAUUAAUUAAAUGGAUUCAAUGAGUGAGUUAUUUUUAGUGAAACCUCUGGAAAAUGGGAUCACACUGUUGGAACAUCUGCGUUUUUUUCAGACUUGAGUUCUCCUUACACAGUCCAUCCCAAUACCUUGUCGGUUUCUUAAAAGUGGCUCCCACUGGCAAAAGGAAAAUGUUUUGA